CCCCUGUCAGUCAGGCGGAGGGGGCGGUGCGGCCGCCAGAGGGGGCGCUGAGCUCAGAGCUGCCGCAGCGCCGGAGCUGGAGCCGAAGCCCGAGCGCGCGAGCGAGCUGGGUGCUAGGAGUACUCCUGGUGGCAACGCAGCCAAGGCCCGGGCACUACUGCGCCCCUGCUCAGGACCCGUGACCCGAGCGCCUGGCCGCGGCUGGAUACCCCGCUGGCCAGGAGCUCGCCCCCGCCGGCCCUAGCCGAGCCCCCUGGUCUGCUCGCUGCAGCUGCUGCAGCCACCACUACAUUCCCAGCCCGGGCCCCGCAUCCAGGCCGCCAGGAUGGACGUGUUCAUGAAGGGCCUGUCCAUGGCCAAGGAGGGCGUUGUGGCUGCCGCUGAGAAAACCAAGCAGGGGGUCACCGAAGCCGCGGAGAAGACCAAGGAGGGCGUCCUCUACGUCGGAAGCAAGACCCGAGAGGGGGUGGUACAAGGUGUGGCCUCAGUGGCUGAGAAAACCAAGGAGCAGGCGUCACAUCUGGGAGGAGCUGUGUUCUCUGGGGCUGGGAACAUAGCGGCAGCCACAGGCCUGGUAAAGAAGGAGGAGUUUCCCACGGACCUGAAGCCAGAGGAAGUGGCGCAGGAAGCUGCUGAGGAGCCACUAAUUGAGCCCUUGAUGGAGCCAGAAGGGGAAAGUUAUGAGGAGCCACCCCAGGAGGAGUAUCAGGAAUAUGAGCCAGAGGCCUAAGGGAGCGGGACGGCCCCCCACCAGCAGCACAAUUCCUUCCCUGUCCCUGCCCCACCCCCCAGAGCCAGGGCUGUCCUUCUACCCUUUCCCCAGAACACGAGAUCUUCCUUCUCCGAGGCGCCCCCUUGGAGCCUGUUGUGUCUGUCUAUCUGUCUGUCCUACCCGCCCGCGUCCAACCCUGGGGCAUGGACUGGGCCGGGGCUUCCACCGCGGCUAGGAGUCUCUGUGGCCCCCUGUGGUCCCACCCUGUCCAGUGUCUGUGCGGAUGUAGCAUGUUUUAUGUAUUUUUAAACGAAGAUAGAAAAGUGAUGGCUCCUCCAACACCCCCGACAGAGGUUCUCCGAGGGGGCUCCCGGGCAGCCCCCGAGCACUCCAUCCCACACCCACAUCGACCCCAAGAACAUUUUUUUUUUUUAACCAAAACCAGGAGCCAGGCUGUGCCACGCCCUCUCCCCCAGCCGGCCCGGUCGGAGCGCGGGCAUCGUGUGUUGUGAUUGUGGCAUGGAGAGCCCCCUCCCCCACCCCGUGUGAGCGUGUCCCGGGCGGGCGGGCCCGACCGCCCCCACCCGCGUGUGUCCAUGAAUAAAGCCAAUCUGUCUGUA